UCGCAUCGGACAAGACUAAUUUCCAUUAAGUACAAUCCAAUAAUUUCAUUUACUUCUUUAUCUGAAUAUUAAUCGUUGAAACUUUCUCUCAUCUUACAAAAUCACUUAUCCUACUUCAGAAUGGCCGCCAACACCAUCACCGUCACCCUCCCUCAACUCGCCAAGAUGAUCGAUCACUCGUUGCUCCACCCAACCAUGACAGACGCCGAUAUUCUUGCCGGUCUUAAGAUCUGUCGCGAAGCUCACGUGGCUACAGCUUGUGUGAAGCCGUACUUGAUCCCCCUAGCCAAGAAAGAACUUGCCGGAACAGACGUUCUGGUCUGCCCUGUCAUCGGCUUCCCCCAUGGCAACAGCACUACAGAAAUCAAGGUCAUCGAGGCCACUGCCGCAGCCAAGGCAGGCGGUGCUGAGAUUGACAUGGUAGUUAACGUUGGCAAGGUCCUCGGUGGUGAUUGGGAAUAUGUCACCGACGAGAUCCGUCAGAUUAACGAGGCUGUCACAGCCAACGGCGCUAUCUUAAAGGUUAUUUUCGAAAACGAUUACCUCAAGCUGGAGCACAUUGCACGACUUUGCGAAAUCUGUACUCAGCUGAAUGUUGCGUUUGUCAAGACUUCGACGGGGUAUGGAUUUGUGAAGCAGGCUGAUGGUUCAUACAACUACAAGGGUGCCACGAUUAAGGCUCUGAAGCUGAUGCGGGAGAAGUCUGGAAGCAAGGUUCAGAUCAAGGCUGCCGGAGGUGUGAGAACUUUGGACGAUCUACUGCAUGUCAUGAGCCUGGGUGUUACCCGCAUCGGAGCCACAGCCACCAUUGCUAUUUUGGAGGACGCAAAGUGCCGGGGUAUUGGCAAUGAGCCUGUUGAAGUCACAUUCAAGCCAAUGCAAGAGGAGGACGAGUUUGGUGGUUACUAGAAGUAUUUGUAGAGUCAGCAAGUAAAAUCAAGAUUGAACCUGUUUUAUGUCGCGUAAUAAUGCAUGUAUUAUCAGUUUAUCAUCUGCAGGAAGCAUUGAAAACAUAAUACCCUCUCUACUGGCAAUUCUGCGGUGUCAUUUCCUUCCCGAAUGCGCAGUGAGUAGAUACCAUAGUAGGGCG